AUGCCAAACCAUUCUAUGAACAGCCUACUUAUGAAAGAGCCUGAAUCUCCAUCCGAACAGCUUCAUUCAGAAUUUGACCAGGAGUACAACACUUUGCCGUUUACCAAGCCUUACAGGCCCCCCAAUUCUGACUCAGGCUCUCAAGCCUUUUCUACUGAAAUAAUUUCAUCCUCAUUGUACCAGAUUCCAGAACAACCUAAUUCGGAAACGGCUGAAAUCAGCAGCAGUGACAGUCCACGAAUUCUGUAUGGAGGACUGACGGUGUAUAACGAGGAGAAUGCAGAUCGAGAUGAUGAUCUAGUCACGGACCAAUUGAAACGGCCGCCUCAGUCGUUCUCUGCCAAAAAGCGGUCAAACAAGAACGCUGUCCUUACUGAUGGUAAUUCUUCAAGAAAGAGAGGGCGGCCUCGGAUACUCGCCAAGGAUGAGACCGCUACCGAGCGACGUAGAACACAAAUACGCCUUGCUCAGCGAGCCUAUCGGCUGAGAAAGGAAGCAACAAUAUCCUUGCUGAAUGAUCGCGUUGCUGAAUUAGAAGCUACUAUUGAAGAGAUGAGCAAGUCUUUUUUGUCUUUUCAUGAUGAAAUUAUGGCCUCGGGACUGCUGCCUUUGCAACCUGCCUUAGUGCACAGUUUGCGAAACAUCACUGAAAAGUUUCUUUCUCUUGCUAGGCUUGCAAAGAAGGACAGAGAUCCUGGAAAUGACUCCCCGGGAAAGUUUCAACCGAUGGAACGUGCUCUCUCAACACAGAAAGCUCAGGAUAACGAUCGUAUUGGAGAGACGCGAGAUCCGUCAUUUCAGCCGACCUUAGACAAUAACAGAUGGGAGGUGGAUGACUCCAAUACAUUGCACAAACAUAGUAUGUCUUUUGUCCCGAAUGAUGGCCCUCGACCGCACCCAAACUUCGAUAACGUCUCGGAUAUACACACCAUUGCGGUUAACAAUGGACACUCAACGAGUGUGCUUUUUCCUAGCAUAUUGGCCGGAGAAUUUCCCCGUCUAACCCCUAUCGAAAUUCCCUUGAAUCCAAUGACUCCAUAUACGUACAGUUUCGAAGAAUCAACUUUCGCGCGACGACUACAUCGUUCCUGCUUGGAACGCGGCUACCGACUGCUUACGGAUCCCUCGGUUAAUCCCGAAGAGGUGUUGAGGACGUUUAGAUUUUCAUUUGGCAUCUCGAACAGGAAACGAAUUAUUUCCCGUUUUCAGAAGCUACUCAGUCGCGGCGUGAAUGAGGCCUUGGAGACUUGGAACCUGCCAUUUUUCCAUCUCGGGGGAGCUGGCACACACUAUCCGCGCAGAGAUCAACAGGGGAAUCCAGUGUAUCCUCCCAACUUGCGUCCCAUCACAGAAGCCAUUGGUCCUUGGCCGUUUCAUCUGUCCGAAAUACCACAUGAAAACAAAAGCGUAGAGAGCCUUCUUGUGGCUAUUGGGUUUGACGGCGAGUGGUUCGACUCGCACGACGUCGAGGGAUUUCUCCAGGAGAAAGGCAUCUUCCUUGAUGGACACACGUCCUUUGUUGAGCUGCCCCAAGUUCGUUUAUCGUCUUCGUCGUCAGGAGAGCAGCAGUCUCAUCACCAGGAUGUGACCAGUGGUGUCCAAAGGGUUACUGGAUCGAAUGGAGUGCCUUCCCCUAACGAGCUUCCCGAUACGUUUGGCGACUCGCAUACGAGGAUUCUUGCGGACCGUCCUAAGACCAGUGGAAUUCAAUCAGCUAUACCGCUUUCUUUUGGGAUUUCCUCCUCUUCAGAUAGACUAGAAACAGUGGAUAUACAGCAAACUUUGUCGACUACUCCCAGUUCCCAUGGAAGCCCUCUUCAUCAAGCGCAGAUCUCGGGGAACUCCCAGUGGACAUUUGAUGUUGGAUUAUUUAUUGAUCACAUCAAAUUAGCUAUUUCUCUAGGGCACGGCUGA